CUCUGCCGAAGUCUCGAAGAGGUGGAAAUGGAAAUAUCAGUACUGGGAAUUGGGUUACGGCAUGGUAUAGCCUUUCGCAAUCCGCCAGUUUCUUCAUCAAUUUCUUCUGCAUCUCCUUCCGCCACAAGAACAGUUCGUUUUCAGUGUAGUUCAUCAACAGCGCUUACUGGGGAAAUAGCUGGAACCAGCAAUGGCGAACUGCCCACUGGUAGAACCACAAUCGAAGUUCAGAGGCACCCACCGAAGCCCAGAACGGCAAGACAAGCUGCAAUAGCUGAAGUUCAGCAAUCUUCUGAUUUGGACUCAACUCUUGCGAGAGUAGGAAAACUGCUGAAAGUGCAGGACCUAAAUGCCAUUUUACGUAACUUUGGACAGCUUAACAGAUUACAAGACGUUACUCAGCUCUUUGUAUGGAUGCAAGAAAGCAGGAAGCUUAAUGCUUCAUCUUACAUCAGUUUCAUAAAGUUCAUGGGCAAUAAUCUUGACGCUUUAAAGGUUGUAGAAAUAUACAAUAGCAUUCAAGAUGAAGCACCCAAGACCAAUGUCUAUCUAUGUAAUUCUGUUCUCAGUUUUCUUGUCCGGAAAGGCAAGUUUGAUAGCAGCAUAAAACUGUUUGAGAAGAUGAAAGAAGAUGGUCUAAUGCCUGAUGUUGUUACAUAUAGCACGCUGUUGGCAGGUUGCAUUAAAGCCAAAGAUGGAUAUUCUAAAGCACUGGAGCUAAUUCAGGACUUGCAACUCAAACGGCUGCGAAUGGAUGAUGUAAUUUAUGGGGCAAUUCUAGCGGUAUGUGCUUCCAAUAGUAAAUGGGAAGAAGCAGAAUUCUAUUUCAACCAGAUGAAGGAUCAAGGUCUCUCUCCAAAUCAUUAUCAUUAUAGCUCUUUGCUUAAUGCUUAUUCAGUAUGUGGAGACUACAAAAAGGCUUAUGAAUUGGUUCAGGAUAUGAAAUCUGCAGGGUUAGUACCUAACAAGGUCAUUUUGACAACCUUACUGAAGGUAUAUGUUAGAGGAGGCCUAUUUGAGAAGUCUAGAGAGUUAUUAACAGAACUGGAAUCUUUGGGCUAUGCUGAAGAUGAGAUGCCCUACUGUUUGUUGAUGGAUGGGCUUGCUAAGGCUGGCCAACUGCAAGAAGCUAAACUACUGUUUGAUGAAAUGAGGAAAAAGCAUGUUAGAUCUGAUGGUUAUGCUCACAGUAUCAUGAUAUCAGCAUUAUGCCGAAGCAAGCUUUUUGAUGAGGCAAAACUGUUGGCAAAUGAUUUUGAAGCAACCUUCAAUAAAUAUGACUUGGUUAUGAUGAAUACAAUGCUGUGUGCUUACUGUAGAGCAGGUGAAAUGGAAAGCGUAAUGCAAACACUAAGAAAGAUGGAUGAAUUGGCAAUCAGUCCUGAUUACAAUACAUUCCAUAUCUUAAUAAGAUAUUUUUCAAGGGAAAAGAUGUAUCUGUUAGCUUAUCGAACCAUGAAGGACAUGCAUAGUAAAGGUUAUCAACCAGCGGAGGAGCUUUGUUCCUCUUUAAUGUCUGAUCUUGGCAAGGUAAAAGCUUACCCAGAGGCAUUUUCUGUUUACAAUAUAUUGAGAUACGGCAAGAGAACAAUGUGCAGGGCACUUCAUGAGAAGAUUCUGCACAUUCUUCUAGCAGGACGACUUUUAAAAGAUGCUUAUGUAGUGGUCAAGGAUAAUGCAAAAUUCAUCUCUCGGCCUGCCAUAAAAAGAUUUGCAGCUGCCUUUAUGAAAUUUGGUAAUAUCAACAUGAUAAAUGAUGUUAUGAAGACCCUCCAUGGUUGUGACCACAAGGUUGAUAAGGAUUUAUUUCAGACUGCUGUAUCCCGGUAUAUAGAUCAACCUGAGAAGAAGGACUUGCUUCUUCAUCUACUGCAAUGGAUGCCAAGUCAAGGUUACGUUGUUGAUUCAUCAACUAGAAAUCUCAUCCUCAAGAACUCUCACUUAUUUGGUCGCCAGCUCGUUGCCGAAGUUCUGUCCAAGCAACAUAUUAAAUUAAAAGAACAAAAUUCACCAUAAGGUGAAGCAUUCAAAAAUUUUGACAUUGAGGAGUUAGUCACUGCUAGAUUUCAAUGCUUAAGCUUCUUAACGCUGAUGUUAGUCCUUGUAUCUGAAACGUACAUUCCAGUAGAUACUUUUCUCCCAUCUUCAACUGGAUUCUGGUUUAAUAGCCUAUGUACAGAUAAACUUGAAUGUGGAUGAUAAUUGUAUAUGAAGUAUAUAUGUGUUGUUUCAAGUUAAGAUGCUGUAAUUUA